CUAAGUAAAAUGAAACUACCACUAAUAUCCACUUGUCUUUCUUUGGUGGUCACCACACUUGGAACCAAGCUACCUUCCAGCUUCAUGAAAUGUGACGUAAAGCAGAGCGACUUCCAACAAUGCUUGACCAAAGCUGUCGAAAGCGCCAUAAAGCAAAUGAAUCGUCCCUUUAAAGAAGUGAAUUUGCUGAACCUAGAACCCUUGGAAAUACCUUCAAUGACUAUAGCUGCUGGAUCGCACGUGUUUUACACUCAGCAAGUUUUAAAAAACAUGAAAGUGUCCGGUUUUAAUGAAACCACGUGUUCUAAAGUGGAGUUUGACACUGACUUGAAGAUUCUUAAACUAGACUGUGUCGUGCCACACUUUGGACUAGAGUUUGAUUACGAAAUAAACGGGCAGAUCAUGCAGAUAUCUGUUUACGGAAAAGGAAGUGGAUGGGGUGUUUAUUUUGAUAAUCAUCUGGAGCUCACGUUGAAACUAGGGGAAUAUGAGAAAAAGGGCCAAAAGUAUUACAACGUUGUUAAACAACAGCUCAGUAUGCUGAUGAGGGAUGUUGAUUUUGACUUAGGGAAUUUGUUCGACGGUGAUAAAGAGGCAGCUGAUCGCGUUAAAAAGAUCAUGAAGGAGAAUGCACUAGAAAUUUAUGGGGACGUCAGAUCUGGUUAUGAGGAAGCUUUUGGGCUAGUAUUUGCUUCUAUUUUCGACAGACUUUUGGGAAAAGUGCCUGCUGCUUAUUUAUUCGGAGAAAAGUAA